AUGGUGGGUAGAAAGAAGAAAACCAAAAUACGUGAAAAAGAGUCACAGGAGGAAGAUUUGAUAAGCAACUUACCCGAUCGUUGGAUAUGUGAAAUACUUCUUCGUCUUUCUACUAAGGAUGCUGUAAGAACAAGUGUUUUAUCCACCAGAUGGAGAUAUCUUUGGCAAUCGGUUCCUGGAUUGGACUUAAGCCUCUACGACUUCUUAAAAGAUUUCUCAAAUAUCGAUGCCUUUUUGAAUUUUGUUGAAAGGUUUUUUGAUAUCCACAGGGAGUCAUGGAUACGCAAACUUCGGUUAUAUUUGGGUUAUCGUCAUCAUAUAUGUGGUCUCAAGUCAUGGAUUGAUGCUGUGACUAGGCGUAAGAUUCAGCAUCUUGAUGUCAAUUAUUACUGCCGUGAUGCGAUACCCGUGAGCAUAUAUACCUGUGAGACACUAGUACACUUACGACUCAAACGGGCUGGCUUGCCUAAUGCCGAGUAUGUUUCCUUACCUUGUCUGAAGAACAUGCAUUUAGAACGUAUUAGUUUUACUAGUGAUACCACACUUGAGAAACUUAUCUCAGGCUCUCCAGUUCUGGAAGAUUUAAAACUCUUCGGAUGUUCGAAUCAUAAUGCAAUACAAGUUCGCUCUCAUACGCUAAAGAGAAUCAACCUGGAUAUGGAUGAGUCUAGUGGAUUUGUUAUCGAUGCACCUCUACUCCAGUGUCUGAGUACUAAGAUAGCCUCAACAAAAGACUUUCAGAUCAUCAGUUCAGAUUUCCCUGCCAAACUAGAUAUUGAUUUGCAACCGAUGCGCCACGGCCACUUUGUGAGGCCUCUUAAAAAAGUGGUUCGCGAUAUCCUCACCGAUAUUCGGAGGGUCAGGGAUCUAGUUAUUACUAGUGAUAUUUUGAAGGAAUUCUUUCUAUACUCUAAAUCAAGAACAGUGCGCCAGUUUCGUAACCUAUCCCGCUUGAAUGCUAGAUUUGCUAAAUGUGAUCUUGAAAUGCUGCCAGCCCUUCUUGAGAGCUGCACAAAACUAGAAUCUCUCAUAAUGGAUAUAUUCAAGUACUACUCAUCCAUACGUGAUGAGGAGAAGAGAGAACCAAAUGUGGUGUUUGGAGCAGUGCCUCGGUGUUUGGAAUCAUCGCUUAAGUUUGUCGAACUGAAACUUUCAUUCAUAAGAGAUGAAGGAGAAAUGGAGCUAGCAAGAUACUUCCUGGAGAAUUCAACAAUCCUGGAGAAACUAAGGCUCAAUGUUUGCCGUAGGGAAAAGUCAAAGUGUGACUACCUUAAUGAACUCGUUGCAAUGAAAAGAUCAUGCUCUAGCGCUUGUGAAGUCCUUGUUCUUUAG